GAGCAGGAUGGCUGGAUGAAGAUCUCUCUGGUUCUCUGGUUCUCUGGUUGCUGGACGCUGUUUGUGGGUUGAAUGUGAAUCGGAAUGUCGCUGGAGAUAAAAGAGUUCAGCGGCUUAUUGUGAAUAAAAUCAGGUGAAAGGGGAUCACGGUUCCGGUUUGAUGAUCAGCGCUGCUUCAACUCAACUGAUUUUAAUAAACACCGUGGAGGUGGGUGUGUUGGUGAGAGUGUUAGGAUGAACUCGGAGGAGCUGGAGCUGCUCGGUGACUCCAAGUACCGGAACUACAUCGCCGCCGUGGAUAAAGCGCUGAAGAACUUCGAGUACUCCAGCGAAUGGGCCGACCUGAUCUCAGCUCUCGGCAAACUCAACAAGGUCCUGCAGAACAAUGCCAAGUACCAGGUCAUACCCAAGAAGCUGACGAUCGGCAAGCGUUUGGCGCAGUGCCUUCACCCGGCGCUGCCCAGCGGCGUUCACCGUAAAGCUCUGGAGACCUACGAGAUCAUCUUCAAAAUCAUCGGCCCCAAACGCCUGGCCAGGGACCUGUUCCUCUACAGCUCUGGACUCUUCCCGCUGCUCUCCAACGCCUCCAUGUCGGUGAAGCCGGUGCUGCUGGGUCUGUACGAGACCUUCUACCUGCCGCUGGGAAAAACGCUGAAACCCGGACUGCAGGGAUUGCUGACGGGGGUUCUGCCGGGCCUGGAGGAGGGGUCCGACUACCACGACAGGACCAACACGCUGCUGGAGAAGGUGGCGGCGGCGGUGGAACAGUCGGUGUUCUAUAGCGCCCUCUGGGGGAGCAUCCUGACCAGCGCCUCCGUACGACUGCCGGGGAUCAGCUUCGUCCUCCUGCACCUGAACCGAAAACUGAGCAUGGAGGAUCAGCUGUACGUCAUGGGCAGCGACAUCGAACUGAUGGUGGAGGCGGUCAGUACGUCGGUUCAGGACUCCAGUGUGUUGGUACAGAGAAGUACGCUGGAUCUCAUCCUCUUCUGCUUCCCCUUCCACAUGAGCCAGGCCACUCGGCCGGAUAUGAUCCGGAUCCUGUCGGCGGCGCUGCACGUGGUUCUGAGGAGGGACAUGUCGCUCAACCGCAGGCUGUACGCGUGGCUGCUGGGUUUCGACAACAACGGGGUGAAAACAGGCCCCCGAAACAAUCGCCUUAGCAACACGGAGGAACACGCAACACACUACUUCAACACCUACUCCAAAGACAUGCUGGUACAGGCCAUGGUGGGGAUACUGCAGGGUAAAGCUCGGGGGGGUGAGGAGGAGAGCGCCCUCAUGCACGACCUCAAACCGUUUAGGAUCCUCAUCAGCCUUCUGGAUAAACCUGAACUGGGUCCUGUGAUCCUGGAGGACGUUCUGAUCGAGGUGUUUCGAACUUUACACACUCAGUGCAGAGCAGAACUGGACCUGCAGAACCAGAACCAGUUCAGUAAGGAUCAAACCCAGCUCAGCAGUAAGCUGCGGGAGAAUAAGAAGACGGCUGAGCUGAUCAAAACUGCUAAUCUGUUGUUUAAUUCCUUCGAGCCGUACUACAUGUGGGAUUAUAUCGCCCGAUGGUUCGAGGAGAGCUGCAGGCGAGCCGGGCGUGGCCCCGGGCCCCCAGCGCUGUCCCUGCUGGAGUUCUGCACGCUGAUCGACUUCCUGCUGGACAUCGUAUCACUGCCCACUCGCAGUAUGAGGGUGAUCUGUCAGGAGACGUAUAUCGAGAUCCAGACGGAGCACCUCCCUCAGCUCCUCCUCAGGAUGAUCUCUGCUCUCACUCUUCACCUCCCGUCCCUCAGUCUGUCUGAGCUCAUUCACUGUCUGCGCCUCUGUUCCAAAAUCCUCAGCAAAGUUCAGCCCCCCCUCGUCUCCCCCCUCACCCUCCCCAGCACCUCCAGCUCUGCCCCCCGGGACCAGGAACCCUGCUGCCCAACAGUCCCGGUGUCUCUGACGGUGGACGCCCCCCUCAGUGAGGAGGUCUUUGAGGAGGGUGAUGCCCUGCCCACCCUGCGCUCCCCUGAGAGCAGUUUUACUGAUUUUGUUCAGUAUGAGGGACAGGGCGAGGUGGAGGGGGAGGACUCCGCUCGGGUACGACCCGCUCCGAAACCCUGUUCUGGCUCCGGUGUUCCCCCGAAACUGCAGGGCGCCCCGCUGAUGCAGCGGUGCCUCGAGCACUUCCAGCACUUCCUGUGCAGUCUGGUGGACCUGCACGUCACGCCCGGUCUGAGGGAGGGUGGGGCGUUACAGGAGACGACGGGCGUCACGGAUCAGAAGGAGUGCGUGGCGGCGUUCGGCGCGGCCUGUCAGCUCUUCCUCGAGUGCUCCAGUUUCCCCGUGUACAUCGCUGAGGGGAACCUCAAAUCCCCCACCAGAGACGAACAGAAAGAGGGCGUGAGCGUCUCCCCUCCCUCCUGGCUGCAGGCUCUGAUGAACGCCUGUUUCUCCGAGCUGGACUUCAGCGUCCGUGCCGUGGCCGUGGCCCUCCUCAUGGACCUGGUGGGGCUGACCCAGUCCGUCGCCAUGGUGACGGCGGAGCGCGUGGGGGGCGCCGACUCCGCCCGGCCGAUGAGCCCGAGCCAGGGCCGGGUCGCCGUGGUGAUCAGGCCGCCGCUCACGCAGGGCAUGCUGAGGCACAUCGCCGAAAACACCGACUUCUUCAAGAGGGUGGCGGUGCUGCUGUGGGAUCAGCUGGGCGUGGCCACGCCUCAGCACCAUCAGCGCAGCGUGGAGCUUUUCUACCAGCUUCACAACCUGGUUCCUUCCUCCAGCAUCUGCGAGGACGUCAUCAGUAACCAGCUCAUGCACCGAGACAAGGGGACCCGGCUGGAGGCUCACGUCAAGUUCUCAGUUCUGUGGCAUCUCACCAGAGACCUGAACAUCAGCAAGUCCUCGCCGUUCAGCCGCACCUUCGACAGGUCUUUGUUCAUCAUGCUGGACAGUCUGAGCUACUGGGACGGUUCGUCGAGUGCCGUGGGUCGGGCGUGGCUCAACCAAGUAUUACAGCGGCACGACAUCGCCCGGGUCCUCGAGCCGCUCCUGCUGCUCCUUCUGCACCCCAAAACUCAUCGGGUUUCCAUACAGAGAGUCCAGGCCCAGCGCCACUGGACCAGCGCUUUCCUGGACCCAGCGGGAACAGAGGCCGGCGGGGAUCCGCCUGAACUCGGCUCUCAUAAUUAUUGCAUCUCUGUGGAUCCCUCAAAGGCCCGAGACCUUCCUCUGGACGACAUGGAGCCCUUGAGCCUCACCGUGAACCCUUUAAGUGACAGCGUGUCGCUUCUGAGCCUCAGCAUGGAGAACCUACAGCUCUGUGGAGAAUAUCAACCUCCAGACCAGCAGGGGCAGCCUCUGAGCUCCGAGUCGACUGGCAGCAUCGGCAGCAUCGACGAGCUGGAAGCGAGCGGAAGCAGCACUAAUACCUGUGAUCCCAGUGUGAUUCCAGCAGAAGAAUCAGAAGAAGACUCCAUGAACGUGGUGGUUUCUGCGAUCAUCAGUGAACUGGUGGACAAAGUGGUGCAGACGCUGGAGGACGGUUCGACCGGGACCGAUUCCCCUCCUGAGGCCUGGACACGGAGCGAUUCGGACAGUUCCAACUCCUCCGAGACGUCCGUCGAACCCCAGGUCAACGUGACUCCGUUUUCAAGUAACCAGGGUCGAACGCUUCCCGAACUGGUGGCCGGCGGGACGCUGGAGCUUCUCGCGGUACCUCACGCCGGAGAGGAACCUCAGGAGGGAAUAACCCGGCAUAGUUCCUCGCCUUCGAUCGCCACGCUGACGGACGGCGGCGUGAACGGGAGCUUACACCCGGACGACCCGCUCUCACGGAAGCGCAGCCAGAGCAGCACGCAGCUCAGCCUCAGGGGCAAAAUCAUGGAGCGUCUCGCCGACAAAUCCCCGGGCGCCAAACCCAAGGUCAAGAAGUCCAAGCGGAAAGACCAAGAGCGCCGGAAAACCAACCAGGCCGAUAAAAACCGGCCUCCCAGCAUCUUCUUCGGGGACAGCCUGGACCUGGAGAACUGGUACAGCUGUGGGGAAGGGGAGGUCUCCGAAAUCGAGAGUGACGUGGGCUCGCCCGGCUCCGGCACCCCUGGAGUCCCGGGAUCGUCUCGAUCGUCGAGCCGCUUCAACAUCCACCCGCUGUACCAGCACGUCCUGCUUUACCUGCAGAUCUACGACUCCUCCAGGGCUCUCCACGCUCUCUCGGCCAUCGCGGCCAUGUUGCGUACGGCCCCCGCCGGCCUCGUCGGCGCCAUCUCCACCACCAGCAUCAACAACACCUACACCCCGCAGCUCUCGCUCCUCCAGAACCUCCUGGCCCGGCACCGCGUCUCCGUCAUGGGCAAGGACUUCUACUGCGCCAUCCCGCAGGACUCGCACUCCUUCCGUAGCGCCAUGUACCUGGAGAUCAUCAUCUCCCUGUGCCUCUACUUCCUGCGCAGCUACUACUCGGCGCACGUCCCGGCCAUGCCGCAGGACCUCGCCGGGAACCGCGCCAUGCAGCUCACCAGCCUGGAAGUCCUCACGCUUCUGUUCGCCGAGCUGGCCAAGGUGACCGGCGGCUCGGCUAAAGGCUUCGCCAGCUUCAUCAGCGACGUCCUGUCCAAGUGCAAGGUGCAGAAGGUGGCGCUGCACUGCCUGCUCUCGUCCAUCUUCAGCGCGCAGAAGUGGCACGAGCAGCGCCUGCGCGGAACCAACCUGCCCGCCGUGGAGGAAGGACUGUCGGAGGACAGCGUGAUUGACCUGUCGGAGGACCGGCUCGACUCGUGCAGCGGCGUGCAGUCGCAGCUCCUGCGGCUCCUCCAGAGUCUGGUCGUGCUGGAGCAUCACGUCCUGGUCCCCGGAGACGACUCCGCCGAGACCGGUUCGGGCACCGGGAGUUCUGGAGGUGGCGCCGGAGCCGGACCCGGAGGUUUCGAGAUCUUGGGCGGUGAAGUGGAGCAUGUGAACCCUCAGCAGCCGAUGGCGUCGCUGCAGUACCUGCACGGGCAGCCGAUCACGGCGCAGGGCAUGUUCUUAUGCGCGGUCAUACGGGCGCUGCACCAGAACCACACGUGUAACAUGCACCCGCAGUGGAUCGGGCUGGUCACGGCGACGCUGCCCUACAUGGGACGGGUCCUGCGCCGCGUCGUCGCCUCGGUGACCCUGCAGCUCUGCAGGAACCUGGACAACCUGAUCCAGCAGUACCGCUACGAAACCGGGAUCACAGAGAGCAGGCCCCAGUGGAUGGCGCUGUGUAUUCCUCCUGACCUCAUCCUCACCAUGCUGGAGGGAGUGACCGCUAUUAUCCACUACUGCCUGCUAGACCCGUCAUCUCAGUACCACCAGCUGCAGGUGAGCGUGGAUCAGAAACACCUGGCUGAAGCUCGUUCAGGGAUCCUCUCCAUCCUGCACACCAUCAUGUCAUCAGUCACUCUGCUGUGGAGCGCCCUGUACCUCGCCGACACCUCCGAGCGACCCAGCGGCGCCACCUACAGCUCCAACAUCAACCUCGGCUCCACCAAGAAUCUUCGGCAGCAAAUUCUGGAGCUGCUGGGUCCGAUCUCCAUGAACCACGGCGCUCACUUCAUGGCCGCCAUCGCCUACGUCUGGAACGAGAGGAAACAGAUGAAAAGUCCGGCCAGAAACAAGGUGAUACCAGCAGCGAGUGAGGAGCAGCUCCUCCUGGUGGAUCUGGUGAGGUCGGUUAACGCCAUGCGCACCGAAACGGUCAUGCAGACGGUGAAGGAAGUGCUCAAACAGCCACCCGCCAUCGCUAAGGAGAAGAAGCAUCUCUCUCUGGAGGUCUGCAUGCUUCAGUUCUUCUACGCCUACGUACAGAGGAUUCCAGUUUCCAGUUUGGUGGACAGUUGGGCGUCGCUGCUGUCACUGCUGAAGGAAUCGGUACAGCUCGGCCUCCCCGCACCCGGGCAGUUCCUCAUCCUGGGAGUUCUGAACGAGUUCAUCCUGAAGAAUCCAACACUGGACAGUAAGAAGGACCAGCGAGAGCUUCAGGACGUGACCCAUAAGAUUGUGGAGGCCAUCGGGACCAUAGCCGGUUCCUCUCUGGAACAGACCACGUGGUUGAGGAGGAACCUGGAGGUGAAACCUUCUCCUCAGAUCGUGGUGGACGGUGCCAGUCUGGAGACAGGAGAUACAGAGGAUCUGAUGCUGACAGUGAUGGAAGCCUCCAGUUUCACCCCCUCAGUGUACAGUGUGCACGCCCUCACACUGCUAGCUGAGGUGUUGGCUCACCUGUUGGACAUGGUGUUCUACAGUGAUGAGAAGGAGAGAGUGAUCCCCCUGCUGGUCAACAUCAUGCACUACGUGGUACCGUAUCUACGCAACCACAGUGCCCACAAUGCCCCGAGUUACCGGGCGUGUAUCCAGCUCCUGAGCAGUCUGAGCGGGUAUCAGUACACACGCCGAGCGUGGAAAAAAGAAGCCUUCGACCUCUUCAUGGAUCACACCUUCUUCCAGAUGGACGCCUCCUGUGUCAGCCACUGGAGAGCCAUCAUCGACCACCUGAUGACCCACGAUAAGACCACGUUCAGAGAUUUAAUGACGAGGGUAGCAGUAGCACAGAGCAGCUCUCUGAACCUCUUCACCAAUCGAGACGCUGAGCUGGAGCAGAGAGCCAUGCUGCUCAAACGCCUCGCCUUCACCAUCUACAGCAGCGAGGUGGAUCAGUACCAGAAAUACCUCCCGGAUAUUCAAGAGAGGUUGGUGGAGAGUUUAAGGAUUCCUCAGGUGCCGAUCCUGCACACUCAGGUGUUCCUGUUCUUCAGAGUUCUGCUGCUGCGCAUGUCACCUCAACAUCUCACCUCAUUAUGGCCCACCAUGAUCACCGAACUGGUUCAGGUGUUUUUACUGAUGGAGCAGGAGCUCAUCGCAGACGAGGACAUCACCAGGACGUCGGGCCCCUCUGUUGCGGGACUGGAAACCACCUAUUCGGGAGGAAACGGCUUCUCCACGUCCUAUAACAGCCAGCGCUGGCUCAACCUCUACCUGUCGGCCUGUAAACUGCUGGACCUGGCGCUCGCCCUGCCCCCCGACAGCCUGCCGCAGUUCCAGAUGUACCGGUGGGCGUUCAUCCCCGAAUCCUCUGACGACUCCGGGCUGGAGGUGCGCAGGCAGGGGACGCACCAGAGGGAGUUCAAACCGUACGUCGUCCGCCUGGCUAAGCUGCUCAGGAAGCGCGUGAAGAAGAGCGGCGAGGACGACGUUUCGGGACGGGCGCUGGCGUGGGAGCCGGGUCGCCUGACUCUCACCCUGUUUGGGAUUCGGAGCAUGGAGCAGCUCCUCCCGUUCUUCACCGUCCUGAGUCAGGUGUUCAGCAGCAAAUCCGGCAGCAGGACGGCGUCCUUUCACCCCGCCCCUCCCGCCGACGCCGCCGGCGCGCUGAAGAACAUCAAACCCGAGAGCCAGAGGAGCUUCUGGAGCCGCGCCCGGCACGACAUCGAGGAGACGGUGGAGAAGGAUUUCCUGGAGGGGCUCAUCAAAACGUAACGGAGAGAAUAAUCAUCAGAAAUGUGUGUAGGUUAUAGUACUGAACUGUGGGGAGCUCCAACACCUCAAAUUCUACAUGAAACCAGAACAAAGAGGGAAGAAAUAUUUAAACACGCAGGUUUAUAAAAAGUUCUUUUUCUAUUUAUAAUAAUUGUGUUUUUUAUUAUUUAAAGGUUUUAUUGCACUCGUUACUUUAAUCUCUCCGAUGCUCUGAAGUUUCGGCUCAUUCCGUGUCGUGGUUCAAAAUAAAUCUGUUAGAAAUGAUUCUGGGAUCAAAAGUUCCGGUUCCUGAAGCGUCCGGACCUGCACUAACGUUUAAAAUCGCCGGCUGUGUUCCAAAUCACAAGCUUCUGUAUUCUGUACGAUGGGUGAGCGGGUUUACACUCGGCUUAUUAUUUCAUUCGUCUUUAUAUUCCAAAAUAAAGUUUCCUAGAAUUAAAUCCAGACUUAAAAGUAAAAAGAUUUUCAGCUUUUUCACAGAAAUCUGUUCAAUUUGUAAUGGAAUUUAAAAUCUAAUUAAGAGUAAUUAGUACAAAUAAAUAUUUUAUUCAGUAGAAAAAAUAAAAACAUGUUAAAAAUGAAUGUUAGUUAAAAAUCAUUUUGUAAAAUUUUAAUAAUUCUAAAAUAUAAAACAAACAAAAAAAUAAUAUCUGGUAUUAAACUGCACUGAAACAUUUACAUUCAGUUAAAAGCUGUACACUGUGUGUCUGAAAGUAUUUGGACGCCUGACUGUGAGCUUGUCAGACGUCCCACUCCAAAAAACAAAUAAUAUUAAAAUAGUCUUGGUGGAUGUUCCGGUUCAUCCCAGAGCUGUUGAGUGGGGCUGGAGCUUUUCUUCAUGUCUCUAUAGAGCUCGCUUUGUGCACAGGAAAGGACCUUCCCCAAACUGUUACUGCAGAAGCAUGUGAUUUCCUUUAUAUGAUUGAUUUAUUACACGUUAGUGACUGUUGUGUCAUUAGAAGGGGCGUCCCGAUACUUUUGUCCACAUAGUGCAGCUGAGACUCCAGGAGACUCAAACUGAAUGAAGAAUAAAAUCCAGUGUUAUUAAAAUAAAAUGAUUUUUAAUAUCUCUGUGUGUGUUUUUGUUCAUGUGAUGUUUAUGUGAUUUGGGACACGGCAGCUGAAAUGUGACGCUGCCUGCGCGGCUGUUGUGAAGUUGAAGUUGCUACUGAUUUACUGAAAUAAAACCACUUUUAUUCAUCA